AUGGUGUGCCUGUACAAUCAACUUGAACCGACUAUGUUGUCGCUGUCCUGUCCGGAAGGAUAUCGAACCACACGGUAUGCUACCUUCCAGAAUGUUUGCAUUAAAAUUACAAAAUUUGCCGAGCCAAUAUCACCGAAACUGCUGAGCGAUGACUUUGUUCGGGAUAACAUUUGCGAGAACGUGUUCUCCAUCAACUCCGGAUCGACGCUCUACAUUUUCCAGGAAUUAGCUCACAUCGAAAAGAUAAGUGCGUCGGAUCGUUGCUUGUUCAAAGCUGUUCCGGAUAAAGUUCUAAUUAGCGCAAACGAUUGGAUGGAAAUGGACAUGAGCCAAAUCGAUUUUGUCAAUUGGUCAUUCAAUGCGUCGAUUCCUCGCCAUCCCGACAAUCACAUUUUAGUGGCAUCUCUGAAUGGAACUUGGAUUUGGGAAGACAGUGUGGUAACGUGUGCGAUAUGUUUCGUUGAAAACGAAAUUCUCACGCCCACCAUUGAGCUGCACAAGUACGAUAAAAGCAACCUAAUCGUUCGCAUUCAAAACGAGGAAUCUCUGUGGCGAAAUCAUCGUCGUAGCGCGGGAUUCUCGUGUUUUGCAUUCGUUUACGCACAAAAUCAAAUCAAAACGGUGGACUUCGUCUAUCAGUACUAUGACGGUUCGGCCAAAAUUUAUCAUUUAGCAACGGUUGGAGAGGGACGAUACUGGUGUUCUGGCCUACAGAUCAGAUCGUUUGACGUAAUCGAAACGGAAAUUAUUCACAUUCAGCGGCUGACUCAAUUCGCGAUUCUCGUCGAACGGCCACGGCCCACGCUACCAUCGUACGAAGUAUCACAUCCUUCAAUUGUCAGAAUGUUUCGAAAUUUUCUAGCUUCGUUCAUGGAUCCGAAACAUCUUAUGAUCGAGAACGUUUCGUUAAAUUUAACGACCUCGGAUGCCAUUCUAUUCCACGUCCGUGUGUUGAUACAGAGUGACGCAUUUCGCGAAUUCGAAGAGAAUCGUUUGAACAUCAGUGACACCCUGCUGGCUGUGUAUUACGUUCGAGAGCAGCUAAACGAAAUUCGUCUAUCCACCAACGAAAGUUCACCGUUCAACAUUCUAUCGCUAAAUUCAACCGCAUUCUGUUUGCCCGCAUCAAUAUCCCAAUUGAAUGAAAUUAAUUGGGCGGGAGCCAGGCUCGGUCAAUAUUCAACAUCCCUCGAAUUUUGUUUGUUGCUUAAUGGCUUGCCAGUGACGAAACGAUGCAUCGGAGACAGUUUGUUUGGCGGUGUCUGGGUGCCAAUACCAGAAAGAUUUGAAUGCCGGAACGAUUUACAGUCAAUGGUUACGUACAAUUUACACAAUCUAACAAAUUCGUAUUUGACCUCCGAAAACACCAGUCAAGUACUGUUUCAGAUGGUCGAAAUAGUUUUCGAUUCGGACUACGCAUACCUGAUCAGUGCUGAUGUCUUUUACGUCAGUCAAAUUUUGAUGGACGUUGCAAACUAUAUGCAAACGUAUCCACUGAGUGACGAUGAUGUAUUAGAGGUUCUUCGGUUAUAUGAUCGCCUGUUAAUGGUUAAUGAGUCGAUAACAGUGUCUGCAGCACCAUUAAAUACCACUAACGUUCUCCUGAAUACACUGGAUACGAUUCUAGACAGCGUUACGUGGUCGGACCUGAAAUAUUAUGAUCUAGAAAUCGAUGAUGGUGUGGCAAGCUUCAUACAGCCGAGACUGUCGAGUUUCGUAAUUUAUCCGUCACUAACCAAUAUCACUGGAGUGGCUGUAACAAGUCCGAAUGGAUCGACAACGCAUGAAUGGACCGAGUACGCGAUUCAGUAUUUAUAUCAAAACGAUACGAUUGCUGACAUUCUGUCCAUACCGAAUUUGGUCAUUGGUUCGUACAUACCAGCUGCACUUCUUUCCCGUCUGGACAACCCGAAUGUGUACAUUAUCAUCACCCUAUUCAUAAACGAUGUCCUCUUCCAAAUCGACUAUGACAGCGAAUUAUCGGAUCGAUAUGCAAGCUCAAGCGGCAGUAUCAUUUCGAUUAUAUUGCCCGGUGUUACCGAGAUCCUACCCCAUAAACUGCCGAUAUUUUUGAAGCCGAAUGAGCGCAAUUCAAAUGAUAGCGUCAACGUUUGUGGCUAUUGGAAUUACGUUAAUGGGUGGGCAAUAAAUGGAUGUGAACCGAGUGCCGUAACAUCGACAACGGUACUGUGCGAGUGCACACAUUUAACACAUUUUGCUUAUCUAUUCCACGGUCAUAAUUCGAUACCUCCGGAGCAUAUUAAAACAUUGAAUCUGAUAACACUUAUCGGCUGUUCGAUUUCCCUGUUCGGUAUAUUCGGCAUCUAUCUGAGCGCAAUUCUAUUUCGUCAGUGGCGCAAAUUGUGUAGCACGAAAUUUUUGCUUCAAUUUUCAACGGCAAUUUCAUUUGAGAUGAUUAUGCUGGCAUUUGUGAACACGCAAGCGAAUUCGUUGCGAUUACUUAUGGCCGAUAAUAUUGUCGGUUGCAUUGCCUUGGGCGCCUUCCUACACUAUUCGGUGCUGGUCACAUUCUUUUGGAUGCUCAUAAUUGCUUACAUGCAGUACAUGCGCUAUGUGAUCGUCUUCCAUAAACUCAAAACGAGCCACUUCUUUUUCAAAUCAUCGCUGUUGGGUUGGACUAUACCCAUCAUACCGAUACUUUUAGUUUUAUUGCUCGAUCCAAUGAGCUAUGUUCCGAACAUAGACUACUACAGCAAUAAGAUAUGCUAUCCGACCGGAUAUUCUCUGUACUUUGCCGUGAUGAUGCCAAUAUCCUUCUUCACUUUCGCCAAUUUUGUCAUCUUUUUCCUGGUUAUAAAAAGUUUGGCUUCCGAGAGCGAUCUCGUGCGAAGAAAUCGAGACAAGUCAUCGAUUAUGUCUCAAUUGCGAUUGUCCAUUUUCUUGUUCUUCUUGUUGGGAUUGACGUGGAUUUUUGCCUUCUUGUCUACCGCUACCACCGGACUAGUGUUCACAUAUAUGUUUUGUUUGACGGCCACUUUGCAGGGAUUCAUUUUGUUCUUUUAUUUUAUCGUUAUGGAUCCGGUCGUUCGACGACUGUGGAUUGGAUUGUUUAGUAAGUUGUGGCUCAGGAAGAAGUAA